CAUUUCCCGGCAUGCCCCGCGCUGCAAUUUUAUCGUCAACGAACCUCUGGGAGGAGUCUGUGUGCUCCGGGGAUUCCUCGAAACCGGCUCGUCACGUUCACAGCGCCCACCGGAGGAGAUGGAGGCUGCGGAGCUCGGCUGAAGGGGGGUUCUCCUCAUCAGAGUGACGUCAAGGGGAGGUCAUGUGGUCCGUCCUCCAACAUGGCGCCCCCCCUGUGAGGUAGAGCAGGUUCCCCCUUUCCUGGAGCUCAGGGCUCCCCCCUAGAGGGACGAUUAUGAUUGGUUCCCCAGACCUGGUGGCGUUUACGAGGGAGGAGGAGGAGUACGACGAGCCAGCGAUGAGGGUCUCCCCGGGUUUGCCGGAGGAGUACUCGGUGCCCCUCUUCCCGUACUCGGAGGCAGAGAGCAGCCCCUGGUCCCGCCUCUCCGGAGCCAAAUUCGGCCGCGACUUCGUCCUCAUCUCUGAAUUCUCCGAGCAAGUGGGGCCGCAGCCGUUGCUCACCAUCCCCGACGACCCGCGAGUGCGCGGCACCUUCGACCUCAACUACUUCUCCCUGAGGAUCAUGUCCGUUGACUACCAGGCCUCCUUCGUUGGGCACCCGCCCGGCUCUUCCUACCCCAAACUCAACUUCGUCGAAGACUCCAAGGUCGUCCUGGGCGACUCCAAAGAGGGAGCCUUCGCCUACGUCCACCACCUGACCCUGUACGACCUGGAGGCCCGCGGCUUCGUCCGCCCCUUCUGCAUGGCGUACAUUUCCACCGACGAGGACAAGAUCAUGCAUCAGUUCCUGGAGCUCUCUGGAGAAUUCUCCAAGGCGUCCGACUGCCUGAAGACCGGCAACCGCAAGGCCUUCGCCAACGAGCUGGAGAAAAAACUCAAGGACCUGGAUUACACCCGCUCGGUGCUGUUGGAGGAGAUGGAGGAGCAGCAGAAGACGGACGACAAGGGCUUCUACACGACGCAGGCCAUCGAGAAGGCCAACGAGCUGGGAAACGUAGAAAAGUCCAUGAUCGAGCACCAGGAUUUGCUCAAACAGAUCCAGUCCUAUCCCUAUAGACAUUUAAAAGGGGAGGACUACCAGCUGUAUGUGCCGGAAAGUGUUCAGGAUGAAGCUACAAAUGGGACACCUGAACCAGCAGUGGCAUCUGACCACGAGGAGAAUGGAGAUGCGGACGUCUUUACUUCAAGACCUUCCUACACCCCCAAGUUCAUCAAGGCCAAAUCUUCCAAAUGUUUCGAUAAGAAAUUGAAAACGUUGGAGGAGCUUGUGGACAGUUAUUUCUUUACGCAAACCAUAGACUUGCUGACCAGCCUCGAGAAGAGAUACAGAGGUGACGUCAGCUACUUGUUGAUGGGCCACCUUGACCGAGCUCUGUUGGAGCAGCAGACCAUAGUCAACUUCUUGUUUGAAGACGUGUCCACCUGGGAUUUGAAGCUAGUCGACAGGCAAUACUCGGACAACUUGUUAGCUGCUCACACUGUGCCAAGUCCCGGCCUAGAACAUGAAACCAUUAAGCCUUCAACAAGUUUAGAAUCUUACAAGUCCAGCGUUGAGUCUGUCCCUAUUAAAAUUGAGCAGGAGUUUAACAGUGACAACGAUCGGGAAGUAUCCGAGUUAGCCGAUUGUGAUAACCCAGGUCACAUGGAAUUUCUUGACGUGGAUACUAAAGGGAGCAUAAGCAGCGGUGAAAGUAUUGAGGUCUUACAGACGGAAAAAUCCACCGUGCUGAUCCACUCUGAGAGCCAGCCGUGUCUUGGACCGCAUACUAGCCCUCAGCCGCCAAGAAGAAAAGCCGGGAGCAGGCGGACCAUUAGCGAAGACAGUAUAGAAGUUCUUAGCACGUGUCCUUCCGAAACUGUGAUUCCUGAGGAUUUUCGGGCAACGUACCAAAUGGCUAUUGAUGAAGAAGAUCCCAUUGUGGAAGAUUUGGAUAGGGAGCAACAGGUUGUGCAAGGCUCUCCAGAAGUAGAUGCCUUCAAGAAUGAUGAAGCCGAAAAUGAUUUGGCCAUGGAGCCUCCAUGUUGUAUCAGGACGGACAACUCAAGUCCAGAAGAACAAAGCGGAGAGCUUGUUCCUGAACAAUGUGAUGAAAGAGCUGUUGUUAGCGUCCCACCACAGCCAUCUAAGGGCAUGGGCCAGAACUUUGGUCAAGUGAAGUUCUCCAUUGAACAUGUAGAAAAUGCUUAUAGUGAACCACCUACAGCUCCUGAGUCUAGUUACUUGUUGAGCAGCAAGGAUGCUGAGAAGCACCUGCUUGAUGAAUACUCUGACUCGACCAGUUUUAGAAGUAGCGCAUCAACAUGCUCCGACCGGACACCAUCCCCUCCUCCCGUCGUCACGGUCACAGACCGGCAGAAACGGAAAGCUGGCCAAAAUGCACUAAUGUUCAUCAGGCAGUACCCCUUUUCCCAUCCUGCCAUCUAUUCUCUUUUGAGUGGGAGAACUCUUGUGGUCCUGGGUGAGGAGGAGGCCUUUGUGAAGAGGCUCGUCACUGCUUUGUCUUUGUUUGUCCCGAACUAUGGACAAGUUGCCAAACCGAUUAAGCCAUGGGUGACUUCGCCUCUACACAUCAUGGAUUUCCAGAAGUGGAAACUGAUUGGGCUUCAGAGGGGGGUCUCCUCGUCCGGCUGCAACACCCUCCAUUCUCUGAACCGCUACAGCCGCUAUGCCAGCAUCCUGGACGCCGACAACAAAACUCUCCGUUGCCCCGUGUACCGGGGAACCUUCUUGCAGAGGCUGGCUGACCACCGCACUCAGAUCCGUAAAGGCAGCACCUACUACAUGCACGUGCAGAGUAUGCUGACCCAGCUCGGCGCCAAAGCCUUCCUUUUUACUUUCUGCCAUCACGUCCACCUGCCCGUCCGGGAUAAGGAGAGCGAGGAGGCUAUCGCACAGCGCCGGGCCAACUUCCUCCACCAGCUGCUUGGCCUGUCUCAGGAGGACGCUAGAAUUGUAGAAUACCUCUCGGAGCUCCUGAAAAUGCAUUACCUAAGGGAAUCGGGGACGCAGCUCCUUCCCGUGCUCAGGUUCGACUAUAUCCCAAGCUUUUUAUACAAAAUCUGACACCUGGGCCGCAAUGUAGAAGUCUAUCCUCCCAGGGAGACUUGUGGAUGUCUAAAGGACUCUUGAAGCAUGAUUAUUUUGCACCAUAAGCUGGAACAGAGUUUAUAAUUUUU